UUGGUAAAGCAACGUUUUAUACUUCAGUGGAACUAUCCCAUCAGGCUCCAGUGCUAGCUACCUUGAGAAUUUAUCAUUGUUGGCGUUGACAAAUAUAUUGAUUACUUUUCCUUUCAUCGGUGAUUUAAUUUGAAGUCAUGAAAAGCAAAAGCAAGAGAGAGAUAGUUUGUGCAGUAGGUGGCUGCAAGGCUGAAAAUGUUUCUUUGCAUGGUCUUCCAUCAGAACAGACACUUCGUCUGAURUGGCUUCAAUUUAUUUUUAAUAAUCAAGUGCCAGAGAAGUUCAGUCAGUACCUGCGCAUAUGCACAGCACACUUCUCAUCGGACUGCAUUGCAAAUCAGGAUAGGUACACAAGUGGAUUUGCUAAGAGCUUGAUCCUCCAACAAGGUUCUGUCCCAUCCAUCUUGCACCCGGCAACCAACCAAGUACCAUCCAAGUGCAGCCAAUCCAGAAGAAUGUAGGAGUCAAUACAAGGUUUACGGAGGACAUACCACAAAGGGAAGUGAACCGGUAUAAACUUACAUUUUACUUUAAGUAGCCCGUGGGGAACUAUUCUAAAUUAUUUGGCUAAUGACUUAGGCCACCUGUCCUCCUAAUCUAUGAGCGACUGUUKAAUUGAAAAUUGUCAUGCAACUAUGCUUAAUUACUUUUGAACGGUCUCACUGUCUGGACUGCUUGCGAAGCCCAAUCUGUAGUAACCUAUGAUUAAAAAAUAUAUCUUCUUCCAGGUUAAACUCUGUCACGGUGUACAUGGCGAGGAAGUAUGUGGUCUACGAAGACUGCCUCCUUCCGUUGUUCAAGACUUGUCCAGUCUGUCGAGGCUCCUGCAGCAUCGACAAGUUCAUCCAAGARACCCUGCUCACCAUCAACCGGUUCUGCAACCACUGUGACCACCGGAGCCAAUGGAAGAGCCAGCCCUUUAACCUCCCAGCUGAAUACCUGUCCUCCUCAGCAGCCAAAGUAUCAACUGGCACAACUGAUGCUCCAACUGGCACGUCAGCUGGUACCUCAACUGGCACAUCCACUGAUGCUCAGACUGGCACCUCAACUGGCACCUUCAAUGCUCAGACCUUGAAGACUGCGGAGGAAAGUGGUCUUCUGUUGGAGAGUAACGAUGGUGAUAUCUGCAACAAAGGUCUGGAGGACAUUCAAACCCUGGUGUUUGAGACGACUCUUUGUUUGGAUGACGAAGUUCACGACGACAAAGCCAUUAAGAAGAAACGUCAGUCAUUAGAGGAGGAACAAAAAGAGGUGGGGGAGGAAGAAAUGGAGGGGGAGGAAGAAAUGGAGGGGGAGGAAGAAAUGGAGGGGGAGGAAGAGAGCUCUGAUAGGGAGUGGGAACCGGAGGUGGAGUUAGGUGAACUUCUAGCCUCAGAUUCUGAAGGGGAUUCCCCGGCGCUAUGCCCGGAUUGCGGCACGUUCACCAAAGGCUCCAAGGCUCACGUCUGCGAGCAUGUGAAGCCGUUCGUCUGCCAGGACUGUGGCAAGCGGUUCGUUAACGAGGUCUCUCUUAACAUUCACAGAAGAAUCCACAAGCCAGGCUAUGUGCACGAGUGCAAGUACUGCCUCAAGCCGCUCCAGAGCAGGCCGGAGAAACUAAGGCACGAGGAGAGCCACCCGCGUGUGGAAAAGCCCUACGAAUGCCCCGACUGCCCCAAACGAUUUAGCGACAUUAAAGCCCGAGACAGCCACAUUCAAGGUCACAGAGGGCCCACACAGCACAUUUGCAACAUCUGUAAAAUGGAGUUCAACAAAAAACACAUCCUGGAAAGACACAUGCUAGUCCACAGCGGGGACAAGUCCUACACAUGCCCCGAGUGUCAGCGCUCCUUCAACCAAGCGAGCCAUCUCAAGUCCCACAUGCGCCUCCACACGGGCGAGCGGCCGUACAAGUGCCAGCAAUGUGACAAGUCGUUCAACCACAACGUGAGUCUGAAAAGCCACGUCCAGCGCUACCACCCAGGCCUUAGCUACGGGACCAAGGAGAAGGAAGAGGGACAGGAGCUCAUCUCAAACUCAGCGACUCAGACUGAACAACAGGUAAUGAUAGAGGAGAGUCGAGAGCCAAACGCAGAGACUUGGCAGAAGAGAGUGAAGAGGGCACGCAGGGCAGGGAGGAAGAGGAAACGACAGACCUUUGACCCUGAGGAGUUUGUGGAGAGUAAGAACAGUGACUCAGAAUUCAACCCAGAAGAGGAGGAGAGCGGGAGCAACAGUGACUCUGACUUCAACCCAGAGGAAGAAGAGAGUGGGAGCAAAAGGAGGAGUACAGGUAGACCAAUAGGCAGACCAAAAGGAAGACCAGGGACCAGCAGAAAGAUCUAUGCAGGAACUGUUGGUAAAGAGCUUGAUGGAUCGAACCUGAAUGAACACAAAUCUGCAAAACAGUGGGAGCAGGAGGAAGAGAGGCAGAGCGACCCGGAGGUGGUGGGGGAGAGGGGGAGCAAAAGGAAAGCCCCAAGCAGAGGAAGGGGGAGAGGCAGGGGAAGACCAAAAACCAUUAGAGAGAUGCAUGAGGGAACUKCUUGCGAAGAGCUUGUUGGAUCUAACCUGGAUGAACAAGUACCAUCAAUAGAGACGGCUCUUUCUGAACUUUUAGAGAGUUGUUGGUCAAUUCAAAAUGUAGAUGAGGCUUUUGACCCGAUGCCAAAUUAACUGUUAGUUACUGAAGAYUUGUCCAGUGUUUUCUGGUUUUCUAUAUUUUGUAUACAUUGAAGAAGACAAAUGCUGUUAUGAAGGGACACAAAUGUUCAAGGUUCAAGAUUCCAUUCUAAAGGCGGUUCAACGAGGAAACUACUGUGCCUCCCAAAUGGUAACCUAUUCCCUGUGUAGAGCACUAAUUUGCAUUGCAGAGUCUACAUUGCAAUGCAGACUUACAUUGAUCCCUGGCCAUCAGCCUGCCACCCGAUUCCUAAUGUUCAACAUUUGUGUUCUAACAAACUUGACAUAAGUUGAUGUCUAGAUGAUCAGYUAUGAUCAUUUAUGAAAAUAGUUCAAUAACUACUACUGCAGACAAUGGAAAGUGCCUCCUAUACUUAACCUUUUAUCAAAGACUAUCUUGGAUUGCAAUUUAUAUAUUUUGCCGACACAAUUGUAAAACUUUUCAAUAUAGCAUGUUUAUUAUACUUGUAUUAUUAAAUGUAAAUGAUA